GUAAAAAUAACUGAACAUCAACCCGAGAACGUAUCGAGAUAAAUUUUCGGCUUCAUGCGAAUUUCGCGAUAUUAAAGAUGGCGUGCGCGUUGUGUUACGCGGGUCUGGUGGGCAUCGUCUCCGUCGCGUACUACCUCUACGCCAAGUAUGUGAAGAGUCAACCGCUGCCCCCCAUCGACGAGCCCUGGUGGGGCAAGGGAGAACCUUUUGAAGAGGAUGAAGCCAUUAAGGAGUUCAAGAUCAACGUUUCCGAUCAGGUCAUAGAAGAUCUCCAUCACAGGCUCACGAAUCACGUCCCGUUCGAACCGCCACUGACAAAAGACCAAAAGUACGGUAUAAACACCAACUUGCUGAAAACCGUGGUAGAUCACUGGAGGGACGAGUACUUACCUGGCUGGAGAGACAGGGAGCAAUUCCUCAACCAGUAUCCCCAAUAUGAAACCAGUAUUCAGGGCCUCAAGGUGCAUUUCCUGAGAAUCAAGCCGGAAAAUGCGGACGGGCUGGAAAUCGUUCCGAUCUUGCUGGUCAAUGGGUGGACCAGCUCGUUCAGGGAGUACUACGAGGUCAUACCGAAACUGACCAACCCGCAGCAAGGCAACAAUUUUGUGUUGGAUUUGGUCAUCCCUUCGAUUCCUGGAUUCGCCUUUUCCGAAGGCCCGGCCAAGCCCAACCUAAACACCGCUCAUAUAGCGACGAUUUUCAAGAAUUUAAUGAAGCGCCUGAACAUCGACAGGUACUACAUUCACGGUACCGAUUGGGGAGCUGCCGUCACUCAAGAUAUGGCCACCAUGUUUCCCCAGCAGGUCUUAGGUUUUCACAACGCAAUGCCGGUAGUAGCCACCCCGUUAGGCAAGUUGAAAUUGCUCGUGGGUAGCGUAUUGCCAUCGCUGAUGGGCAUAUCGAAAUGGGAGUACAAGCGGAUAUACCCACUCUCCAAAACGAACCAGCGAUUCUACCGGGAAACCGGAUAUUUUCACUUACACGUGACUAAGCCUGAUACUGUUGGAGUGGCCCUUAGGGAUAGUCCGGUGGGCACUGCGGCUUACCUGCUGGAGAAAUUCAUUACGCUGACGAAUCUCGAGUGGGCAAACAUGGAAGACGGCGGACUCACUAGGAAGUACUCAUUGACGCAGCUCCUCGACAACAUCAUGAUUUAUUGGGUCAGCAGAUGCAUGACGACGUCCAUAAGGAUAUACGCCUUCGGGUUUGGGCAAUACGAGCGAAAAAUUAACCUGGAAAGGGUGCCGGUGAUAGUACCAACCGGCUUAGCUAGGUUCGCCAAUGAAAUGUUUUACCCGUUGCCCAAAGCCGCUCACGAAGGUAAAUACGCCAAUUUGGUGCACGUUUCGGAUUUACCAGAUGGAGGGCACUACCCCGCGUUGGAGGUACCUGAACUCUUCGCAAGGGAUCUGUUGAAAUUUGUCGACACGGUUAGGAAGCUGAGAGUUUGUUGAUUGUAGUUUGUCUUUAAUUUUAUUUUUCUUCAUAAUAAAAUGUAUA